AAAUUAAUAGAGUAUCCUAAUUUCAAAUGCAUUACAUAUCUGAUCAAAUUGUUUAGAUGAGCAUCGAAAAGAAAUUAGGAUGAAGAUUAACCAGACUAAAAUAUUAUAAAGUAUUGUAAAGAACAUGAAAGAUUAUUCUGUUUUAAUUGCUACAACUUCCAAAUAUUUUAACGGAUUUUUAUAAAGCCAGAUUAUGCUGAAACAUUUUAACGUGAGUAUAUUGAGUCUCACACCCAUUAAGUAAUCAUAAGAGGAUUUCUAAUUAAAACAUUGAAUAUUUUAGGAUAUAUAAUAAAAACACAAUAUAUAAAUUGUAUUA